AUGGUGGGCCGGGAUGAGGACGAGUACCCCGACGAGGUGGAGGAGCGAUUGGUGAAUGAGGAAUACAAAGUCUGGAAGAAGAACACACCGUUCCUAUACGAUUUGGUGAUCACGCAUGCGUUGGAGUGGCCGAGUCUCACUGUGCAAUGGCUGCCGAUGAAGGAGGAGAACACGGAACAGGGUGUUUCCAAGCAGCAGCUGAUCCUGGGAACACACACAUCAGAGGGGGAGCAAAACUACCUGAUGCGUGCAGAGGUGUCCCUGCCUCUGGAGGAGACGGAGACCGACAACAGAGGGUACGACGAUGAGCGCGGCGAAGUAGGUGGCUUUGGGGGCACCACCGGCCGCAUCAACAUCGUUCAGCAGAUCAACCAUGAUGGCGAGGUCAACCGCGCCCGGCACUGUCCCCAGGCGCGUCUUAACCACUUCCUCAUUGCCACCAAGACCGUCAGCGCGGAUGUGUACGUCUUCGACUACUCCAAGCAUCCCUCCAAGCCCGCGCCCGACGGGCUCUGCAAGCCCGACAUCCGGCUGGCGGGGCACAAGAACGAGGGGUAUGGCCUGUCCUGGAGCCAGCUCCAGGAGGGCUACCUCCUCUCCGGCUCAGACGACGCCCAAAUCUGUGUUUGGGACGUCAAGGGCACCACCCAAUCCAACCGGCAACUGCAAGCGCUGCACAUCUACCAGGGGCAUGGGGGUGUGGUGGAGGACGUUGCGUGGCACCCCCGUCAUGCCCCCAUUUUCGGAUCGGUGGGCGACGACAAGAAGCUCAUUAUCUGGGACAUGCGCAAGCCCAGCGAAGGGGCCAUCGAUCAGUCGCUGGAGGCGCACGGCGCCGAGGUCAACUGCUUGGCCUUCAACCCGCACAACGAAUUCAUCCUUGCCACCGGGUCGGCGGACCGCACCGUAGCGCUGUGGGACCUGCGCAACACCUCGCGCAAGCUGCACCUGCUGGAGUCCCACAGCGAGGAGGUGUUCCAGGUGGGCUGGAGCCCCCACCACGAGACCGUGCUGGCCAGCUCCGGCGCCGACCGCCGGCUCAUGGUCUGGGACCUGGCACGCAUCGGCGACGAGCAGUCGCCUGAGGACGCCGAGGACGGCCCGCCGGAGCUGCUCUUCAUCCAUGGCGGCCACACUGCCAAGAUCUCUGACUUUGCCUUCAAUGCCACGGACGAGUGGGUGAUGGCCUCGGUGGCGGAGGACAACAUCCUCCAGAUCUGGCAGCUGGCGGACAACAUCUGGGCGGACUGA